AUGUCAUCUGAAAAUACCACAAGGCGUUCUCCCAAGCGGCGCAAGCUACAAUCAUCGUCUCAGACAAUCAGUAUUGGAGGGAAAAUCAUCUCUCUCGAUGGCUAUCUUAGCUCAUCAUCGGGCAAGACAGACAAAAAGAUUGAAGAGUCACCCGAGUCUGUCGCGGAACAUGAAACAGCGCAUAUUGCCACUUUCUCCAGGAAAGAAGCUCAAAAGAAUCUGCUGAAGUCGCCAAGGAUACAAGGAACUGAAGACCCUAGCUUGCUAAAGACACGGCGAGAGCUCCCCAUAUGGCAACAUCGUUCUCAAAUCCAAGCAAGCCUUCGUGGGUCGACUAAUCGUGUGCUCGUUCUGGUCGGCGAAACUGGUUCGGGUAAGAGUACACAGGUCCCGCAGUUCCUUUACCAAGAGUCCUGGUGCAGGCGACAGAAGGUCAAGACUCCCGGAUCCGAAGAAGACAUAUCUGUCGGCGGCUGUAUUGCCAUCACACAGCCCAGGAGGGUAGCUGCCACCACUCUGGCUCACAGAGUCUCUCAGGAAGCUGGCACGCCUCUUGGGAAGGGGAGAACGGAUGGGCUCGUGGGUUAUUCUGUUCGAUUUGACCAUCAAGUUCCGAGAGGAACAAGGAUCAAAUUUCUCACCGAAGGAACGCUUCUCCAAGAACUUCUCAGGGAUCCCUAUCUAAGACGGUACAGUGCUAUUAUCGUUGACGAAAUUCACGAACGCAGCCUGGAUGUGGAUCUACUUGUUGGUUUUUUGAAGCAGAUACUUUCAUCUGACAACAGUAUGCGCGGCGGAGUUCCGCUAAAAGUUGUUAUCAUGAGUGCCACAGCCGACGUCGAUGUCAUUCAAUCAUUUUUCAACAGACCUGCAGCAGACGGUGGCCCCGAUCUAGUUCAAGUUCUUCACAUCAAAGGUCGCCAAUUCCCUGUGGAAGUUACCUACGAACCUCAGCCAGUAGCUGACGUCCAGGACUCACUUGUCAAGAAAAUAUUCAAAAUACAUCUGGAGGAGCCUUUGCCAGGUGACAUACUGGCAUUUAUGACAGGCCAAGAAGAAAUUGAAUCCGCCCAGAAGUUAAUCGAGGAAUAUGCAGCUACGUUAGCCUCCAAUGUGCCCAAGGUAAAAGUCUUCCCACUGUAUGGCCAAUUAUCUAUCGAUGGGCAACGAGAAGCAUUUCUUCCAACUUCGGCAAAGUUCACAAGAAAGGUUGUUCUCGCUACAAAUAUUGCCGAAACCUCAGUCACCGUGCCUGGAGUCCGAUAUGUCGUCGAUGGUGGCAAGGCCAAGAUAAAGCAGUACAGACCGAGGUUGGGCAUGGAGUCAUUGCUAGCAAAACCCAUCUCCAAAUCAUCCGCUGUCCAACGUACUGGUCGAGCUGGCCGUGAAGCCCCCGGGAAAUGCUUUAGACUCUACACAGCAGAAGCAUUUGACACACUGCAGGAGUCUGAUCUUCCCGAGAUCCUGCGAAAUGACGUGCUCGGGGCUGUGUUGACCAUGAAGGCCCGUGGCAUUCAAGAUGUGCUGGCUUUCCCGUUAAUGGAUGCGCCGGAAAUAGAGGCGAUCGAAAGGGCUCUUCUCAAUUUGCACUACCUUGGCGCCCUUGGUGAUGAUGGCUCUAUCACAUCAAUUGGUGAGAAAAUGGCCCGUUUGCCCAUUCCGGCUCCUAUGGGUGCCGUACUUCUGGCAGCUGAGAGACCUGACUUUGACUGUGUUAUCGAAGUCAUUGAUAUAAUAUCAUGCAUCACUGCAGGGGAAGACAUAUUCCUACAGGUACAGUCGGAGGAAGGACAGGAGCAGAUGGAGGUCUCUCGGAAAGAGAUCCAACGCCGUGAAGGGGAUUUAAUAACAUACUUAACGACUAUGCAACGAUAUACCGCCGAGAAUACCAACAGGAUUGAAUGGUGUAAACAGAAGAAAAUCAACAUGCGAAAUAUGAGGCAAGCCAUGAAUAUCCGGAGACAACUGCGGGGCAUUUGUUUGAAGGAAAAACUGCUGGCUGAACCACCUUUACCUGAUCCUCAGCCGUUCACACCUUUGAGUCCCGAAAGGGCCGAGACCGUUCUACGAUGCUUUCUUCGGGGAUAUGCCUUGAAGACGGCAAUGCUGGCUCCUGACGCAAGUUAUGUCACUGUGUAUGGCAAGCAUGUGGUGGCUAUUCACCCGGCAAGUGUGCUCCAUGGGCAGAAGAAGGAGGCAUUGAUGUUUUUGGACCAUGUUUACACAAACAAAAACUAUGCCAAGAAGGUGAGCGCUGUUCGAGCAACAUGGAUCGAGGAGGCACUCCAGCGAUAG